UGCCGCCGGCGACUCCGAUUCCCUCCUCGGGUAAUCUCGCUCACCCUUCUCUCAUCGUCCUCUUCUUUAUGGAUCGAGUGGUACUCGGCCGGCUUCGACAACAUGGAGAUGGGGUAAUCUUGCCCACCGUUCUCUCGUCCUCCUUUUUCGACUUUAUGGAUCAAGUUGUAGUCGGCCGGCUUCGGCAUGUUGGAGAUCGGGUCGCACAAGUAUGCUCGAACUGCGUGAGCUAACGUUGGGGAUAUAUCUCUGAUGUGUGCCGAUUCUAUGGAAAGAAAGAAAAAUAUUACGGUGCUCUGUGCGCGCUAAAUGCAUCUACAUAUGGUGUGAGAGCCAAAACUUCCAAGUUUAACUUCAGGACUACAGGAGCUUUGUAUUCCGCGCUGGCCAUGAACAGUGAAUUGCGUACUACUUCGUUUGGCAACAACACGUCAUAUGUUCCGAGGCUGAAGGUUCAUUUAAAGGAUCCUUUGCAGGGGACUAGGAGUCCCAUCCGAUCGUCCAAUCAGCUCAGCCAGACCAAUGAGGAAAACGGGGGGUUGGCAUCAUCAAGUGGUCGCUCUGAUGACCCUAAUUGCCAUUUCUCAUCCCACACAUGCGAUCUACAUAACUGCAGUUUGGAGAGUUCAAAGAACUGGAACCUGUUGCCAACCUAUGGGAACAAACCCACUCCUCGAUUUCAGCAUGCAGCAACUGUUGUUGGGAGCAAAAUGGUGGUUGUAGGUGGUGACUCAAGCCACGAUUUAUUGGACGACACUCAGAUUCUUAGUUUGGACUCUCUUACUUGGGCGUCUGCCACUUCAAAGGUUUACUCAUCAACUGGUACAAUUUCAUUGAACAUUCCUGCAUGCAAAGGUCACACUCUGGUUUCAUGGGGAAAAUCUGCUCUCCUUAUUGGGGGGAAAACUGAGCCUCUUAGUGACAAAUUGUCAGUCUGGUCCUUUGAUGUAGAAACAGAAUGCUGGUCACACAUUGAAGCAAAGGGAAAUAUUCCGGUUGCUCGCAGUGGCCAUACUGUUCUCAGAGCAGGCGCUGUCCUGAUCCUUUUUGGGGGUGAAGAUGUGAAAGGAAGAAAACUAAACGAUCUUUUUAUGUUUGAUUUGAAGUCAUUAACUUGGCUUCCUUUACACUACAAGGGGACAGGACCUUCCGCAAGAUCGAAUCAUGUGGCUGCACUUUAUGAAGAUAAACUACUUUUUAUAUUCGGAGGGCAAUCAAAGUCAAGGAUUCUCAAUGAUCUUCAUUCUCUAGAUUUUGAAACUAUGAUAUGGUCAAGGGUAAAAGUUCAUGGCCAUCGUCCAUCACCUCGAGCAGGUUGCUGUAGUGCUCUCUGUGGAUCUAAAUGGUAUAUCACGGGGGGUGGAAGCAAGAGAAGAAGACAUGCGGAAACCCUGGUCUUUGAUGUUCUAAAAUUAGAGUGGUCUGCAUCCAUUAUGUCACCCAGUGUUUCUAUUACUACCAAUAGAGGGUUUAGCUUGGUUCCUGUUCACCACAAGAACAUAACUUCUCUUGUAGCUUUUGGAGGAUUCAAGAAAGAGCCAUCAAAUCAGGUUGAAAUAUUUUUCUUGGUUACUAAUGAACAUUCAAUGAUCUGGCCAUCUGCCCCAUACAUGGGAUUUUUACCAUAUGAAGAAUGCGCUGCAAAUAUCAAGGAGCUUGGUGCCCACCUCAAGACUGUUUCUUCCUCGACUUCUACUGAUCCUUUUGCUAGGAAUAGUCUAGCAUCUACACUUGAGCAGCAAAUUUCUGGAAGGAAGUCUCUUUCAGAUGAUCCUUGUGUUUCAACAGACAUCUCUUGUCGCAAGCUAUUUCAUCAAGAUCAAGACUUUGGUUUAAAUACUAAGGUCCAGAGGCCCCUUGAGGAUGAAAAGUAUACAAAUGAUGGCCAGUUGAUGCUAAACAAUCCUUCCUCAAAGAAAAUGCAUGUUUUCAGCAAUUGUCAGAGGAGCAAAAGGCAACAACCUGAAAUAAAGAUGGAUGUUGCAGGAAUUCAAGAUAGCAUGGAAAAGAUGCAUGUGGAGUCUGGAGGUACAACCGUUCAUCACAAACAUGGAAUCGGAAUUAGUAGUCUUACCGCGGACGCCGAGCGUUUGUUUCCUGUAGGGGUGGAUGGAGGAGGAUUGGUUUUGACAAAUCCUACCGACGUAUAUCAAGUAUAUGAAACUAAAACGGCAAGCUUGACUAGGAAGAAUGUUUUGCUGGAAGAACAGUUGAAAGCUGCAACGACAAGUCGAGAGAUUGCUGAGAGGAACUUAAGUUGCACUGUUGAGAGGAAGCAAGACGGGGAGAGAAAACUAGCUGACGCUCUCAGGGAAGUCGAGCUGCUGAAGGAUAAGGUGGCAGGCAUGGAGGUAGCCCAAGAAGAAGCUAACGGUCUCUCAAAUAUCGUCCACUCUGACAAUGUGAGGCUGGAGCAUGAUGUAGCAUUUCUAAAAGCAAUCCUGGAAGACACGCAAAAGGAACUGCACUCGACCCGUGGAGUUUUGGCUGGUGAAAGGGCAAGAGCUUUUCAACUUCAGGUAGAAGUCUUCCAUCUCAAACAAAGAUUGCAAUCGGGGGACCACAGAGCACCGACACCAAGAAAACCAUUCCAGAUGUGAAUAUGAUGUUCUCCAUUAUUAUUAUUUCAGUAGAGAACUUGUGCCUGCAUCA